UUCUUAUCAAUUCUUCAGUUUUAUCGCCGUUUGUGAAAAGCCCCAAUUUCGCCGUUUGUGAAAAGCCCCAAUUUCGCCCUAAAUCUCCAUAUCCAUCGCAAUUGAUAGCUCGAAUCCAUUUUUGAGGCAUGUCUUUCUUCUUCCUCCUAAUUUCGUUAUUUGUUUCGAUUAUUUGUGAUUUCAAACAGCUUUUGAUUUCGAUAAGGGUCAGAUUUAGUUAUCUGUUUUGUUAGGGUUCGAUUUAUCUAGAUUUAUUUCGUUAUCUGUUUUUUAGGGUUCGAUUAUUUACAGAUUUUGAGAAUGUGGAGUUUCGAAUCCAUCUGUUUUGUUAGGGUUCGAUUAUUUACAGAUUUGACUCAAAAAUAGCUUUUGGAUUUGAGUAUUUGCGCCUUCAUAAACUGAACGAUUUUUUUUUUUUCCCAAGUGUUGGUGAUUGAAAUGUUGGGGAACUGAAGCUUCUCAUUUCUCUGUACUCACACAACAGAGCUGAUCCUGGUUAUAAAAGUGGAGCUUGGAAAUUUGUAAGGGAUGUGUCUGCGGCUUUAGGUGACAUAGAAAUGAUAAUAUGUCCUUGUAAAGACUGUCGUAAUGUAGUACGACAGUUAAACAGUGUUGUGGUUGAGCAUCUUGUAAUAAGAGGGAUGGAUGAGGCAUACAAGGUGCAUAGUGAUUGGUAUCAUCAUGGAGAUGUGAAGUCAGUAGAUGAAUUUCAAAGUAAACCAACUCAGUGGAAUGAGGAAGUUUUUGAGUUAUAUAAAGCUGCUGAAUUUUUUGAUCAAGAGUUGGCUUUUAGAGGUGACUUAGCUGACCAACCUGUGGGCGACUUAAGUGAGAUUGCAGAGGGUGAGGACCAACAAGAGGAUGAGUUCCUUGCAAAGAUCCGGGAUGCUGAAACCCCACUAUACCCUAGCUGUUCAAACCACAGCAAGUUAUCGGCUAUUGUGACUUUGUUUAGGAUUAAGACACAUAAUGGCUGGUCGGAUAAGAGCUUCAAUGAACUGCUUCAGACAUUGCCAAGCAUGUUGCCAGAUGGUAAUGUCUUUCACACAUCAUUGUAUGAUGUCAAGAAAUUUUUAAAGAGCUUUCAUAUGGGAUAUGAAAAGAUCGACGCAUGUGUUAAUGAUUGCUGCCUCUUCAGAAAGAAGUUAAAGAAGCUUGAUAAAUGUCCCAAAUGUAAUGCUUCACGGUGGAAGACUAAUAAGCGGACUAAUGAGGUAAAGAAAGGUGUCCCACAGAAAGUAUUAAGAUAUUUUCCAAUUAUACCAAGGCUGAAGAGAAUGUUCAGAUCAGAGGACAUGGCUAAGGACUUACGGUGGCAUUACACUAACAAGAUUCUUUCUUCUGAUCCGGAUUCUUUCUUCUGAUCCGGAUGACAUAGUGAAUGACUGUCGUCUUGGCCCUUAUGAUCUCAAAGUGUUAGUUGAAGCUGCAUAUAAACCAGAUGCAUUUCUAUGGAGACCUGCACAAAAGAUCUUUCAUAUGAAAGAAGCUGUUGGACAUAUAAUCGCAUGGCCAACUGAUAAGUGUAGACUGGUAGACAACAACAUCCAAAUGGAAGACAUUGCCCCUAUGGGUAUACAAGGAAACAAAUGUAAACUAUUGGAUUUGUCUAAGGGUGACGUCAUUGUUGCUGAGGGGCGUUGGGAGACACAAGAACCAAGUGCGUUGGUUAACGGAAUUCCUCUUGGACCAAAAGCAGUUAAAGUAUUUGUGGAUUCAGUAAAGCAGCCUGAUACAUCACUAUGGAGACCUACAGCUGAAAUGUCAUUUCUUGAGGACUGUUUGAUGGCUUACGUAUCUUGGCCCCUGAGUAAGGUUGAUUUUGAAAAUCCCUCAACUCCAACUGGUCAGAAUGCUACAUCACAUGCUUCUUUGUCUGCAUCAAAGGCCAAGUCUGCAGCCACAGCUUCUAAGU